CGCCUUCGUGGGAUCCCUCCUGUGACGUGGGGGAAAGUUCACUUGUUUUCCCCUCCCCAGCUGGAUGUGACCUCGGGUAAACGCUAGCUUGCUCGGAGUUGUGAUGUUGGACGUCCCGCGCAGUCCUCCUGAAGUAAAAGACGUGCUCCGCGGGGACAGAAAACAGCAGCAAGGCAGCUCAGACUGGUCAUGGCGAAGAGGUCAACUCCACGCUGGUCUGGAGUGUUUCUCUCUGCGUGGACCAUAGCCGUCGUUGUGGUCAGCGGGAGUCCGGUCAGCGCUCAGCAUUUCAGGGGGGCGGUGCACCGUCUCACCAGGACUUCUGAUCCUGUGGUGAUACCGGCCCGCAUUUCCAGGGUUUAUCUGAGCCCGGACCAGCUGCGGCGGCUGCAUUUUAAGCCCACCACUGACUCUAUCCAGCUGUCUGAGGGCCAUGAGGCAAAAUUCAACUGCUCCAUCGACAUCCCAGAUGCCAGGCUCGAGCCCACCAUCCUCUGGGUUAAGAACGGCGCGGACCUGGCGACCAACACACAGGUGGUCACCAAUGAGCUGCAGACCGUCACGGACGGGGUCAUAACGCUCCUGUCCACCGUCAGCAUCAGCCAUGUGCAGCGAGGGGAUGCCGGCGCCUACAGCUGCAGACUGAGCAUCAGCACCACAAUGGUGGAGUCUCAGCCCAUCACACUUGAGGUGGAAGGUCUGCCGACAUUUAUCGAUCAACCGGAGGACAGAAAUGUAACAAGAAACACACCUUUCACAUUGUCGUGUGACGCGGUCGGACCUCCAGACCCCGUUCAAAUCCGCUGGCUCCACAAUGGAUUACUUUUCCGAGACUUUCAUAACUCCAACAGCACCUUCUCUGUGUCAGGUGUGGACAAGUACACUCAAUUCAGUUGUGAAGCUCACAACUCAAAGGGUGUCACCACUUCCAGAGAAGCAAAUAUCAACAUCAAAGUGCUUCCCGGGCCUGUAUCUGAUGUUGCUGUGAUGGAGAGGCAACCCAAUAAGUUACUGCUGAGCUGGAGCCCCGGACAUGAUGGUUUCUCUCCACUAACUAAGUGCCACAUCAGGGUGAAGGAGGUGAGCCGGAGGAAAGGAGAAGUGAUGACCACCAGGUUCAUUAAUGCCACAGUGCCGCCAUUUCGGUGUGAAGUCCCCGGGCUGCAGGCGAUGACGUGGUACAACGUGAGCGUUUCGUGCAGCAACGAGGUGGGAGCUUCUCCGGUCACCACGUGGAUCCAGAGCAACACCACAGAGGGAGUUCCAUCAGUUUAUCCCCGAAACGUCACUGCACAGCUGAAUGAGUCUUGGCUGGUGAUCAGGUGGAAGCCUCCUCCAGAUGAUAAGAUAAAUGGCAUCCUGAGUGGCUAUGAUGUCAUUGUCAGACAUGGCGAAAAGGAGAACAAGAUCCACAGUUACAACACCGUGGUCUUUGUAGAUGUGCAGGAAUUCAACACAACCUACAGUGUGGAGGUGGCCGCGUGCACGCAGGCUGGGAGCGGCAUGGUCAGCCCACGAGUCUGGCUGUUUGUGCCAGCGGACAAAUCAGCGGUACCCCCAUCGUCCAUCCCCGGCCCCGGGGCUCCAGACUCUUUCUCUGUUGUGCUGGCCGUGGUGUGCAGCAUAGGUCUCCUGCUGCUUAUCCUCUUUGGGGCCAUCUAUUUCCACAACAGGACUUCUACAUCUUGGCUUGGGCGGUUGUUUGAACGUGAAGAAAAGCAGCAGCCCUUCGUGCAGUACAACACCCAGAGGUCCUACAAUCGAUCAGCCAUAGGUAUCACAUUUGUGAACCUUGGUGUUAGUGAGGAACUCCAGGCCAAGCUUCAGGACGUGAUGGUCUUGAGGAAUAUGCUCACCAUAGGAAAGGUCCUUGGAGAGGGUGAAUUUGGCUCUGUGAUGGAGGGACGUUUGAGACAACCAGAUGGAACAUUGGAGAAAGUUGCUGUAAAGACAAUGAAACUGGACAGCUUCUCUCAAAGGGAGAUUGAAGAAUUCCUGAAUGAGGCGGCCUGCAUGAAAGAUUUUAAUCAUCUUAAUGUCAUCAAAUUGCUCGGUGUGUGCAUGGAAGUAGGCGCAGGACACUUUCCCAAGCCGAUGGUCAUCCUGCCAUACAUGUCGCACGGCGAUCUCCAUAGCUUCCUGCUGCGCUCACGCCUGGCAGAGAGUCCAGCUUUCUUGCCCACUCAGACGCUUCUGAAGUUCAUGGUCGACAUUGCUUUGGGUAUGGAGUAUCUCAGCGGCCGGAACUUUCUGCAUCGUGACCUUGCGGCUCGCAACUGCAUGCUGCGGGAUGACAUGACUGUGUGUGUAGCAGACUUUGGUCUAUCGAAGAAGAUCUACAGUGGAGAUUAUUACAGGCAGGGAAGAAUAGCCAAAAUGCCUGUAAAAUGGAUUGCAGUAGAGAGUCUGGCAGACAGAGUUUUUACGAUAAAGAGUGAUGUGUGGGCAUUUGGCGUUACCAUGUGGGAGAUCGCUACACGAGGCAUGACGCCGUACCCCGGCAUCCAGAACCAUGAAAUUUACGACUACCUUCUUGAAGGACACCGACUGAAGCAGCCAGCAGACUGUUUGGAUGAGCUGUAUGAGCUCAUGUACAGCUGCUGGAGGGUCGAUCCGCUCGACCGUCCCUCCUUUCCCCAACUGCGAGAAAUGUUAGAAAAGCUCACAGAAAAGCUGCCGGAGUCUUUCAGCAAGGACGACAUCAUCUAUAUCAACACCAGCUUUCCCGAGGAGGACCUGAAUGGAGAGGCAUCUGCACAACAUCCUAGAUUGAACUCCUCACCUUCCUGCAGCCAUCAGGCAGCAGAAAAUGCAGUGGUCAUUGCGGACAUUCACGGGAGCCUGGAGGACGAGGACGAUGAGGACGAUAACCGUUAUGUGGUGGUGAUGUCCUCUGAUGCUUCCCUGAGGUCUUCUACAGUGAACACUCCUCUUCUGUCGAGUGGUGCUUUUAGUCAAGCAAAUGAAGACACGAUGACGGAUUCGACGGCUAUGGAUCACAGCUCAAGGGACAACUCUUUCCUGCUCUAACGAUUGGUACACAGCAGGUCAAAACGGUAAUCAGUAUCACCAUGGUUUGCAGUACUCAACAGUACGCCUCAGUGCACUGCAACCUUGGCACCUUGACAUUUCCUGAUGAUAAACACUUUGUGCCAGCUUACAUCUUAGUGUUACGAGUGUUUUCUGUGUGUGUGUCAAGAUCCAACAUGUUCCUGCAUGUUCCAUAAGCUUAAGAUAUACUCAACUGUGAAAUUGUUUACUGUAUUGGAGUUUGUGUUCCACUGUAAAUAUAGAAAUAUACAGAUUU